AAUUGCUUACUUUAAAAAAUUCAGAAAUUUGCCACACCUAAGUCGAUUAUCGCAAAGAUGUAAUUACUAUCGUUCCGACAACGACGAGAUCAGGAGUAAACUAGAAACCGUGCGAAUUCAAUGAAACGGGAAAAGGGAAUAAGGAGGACAACAUACACAUAGAUUUACGUGUUAUACAUCUUUAACGUCGAUGGUUAGUUCGCGUGAGCGUACAUACUGUCUCUCUACCUAAUAAUUACAACUUGCAACAACGGUAGCCUAUAGAAAUGGUAACAGAAACAAGCGAUAUAUCACGAGCAGUUAGAUAUCAAAAUUUCCAUACGAGAGUACCCAGAGGCUAACACUAGCCCGAAGGAUUUCGUUUAUCUCGAUCGUUACUUCUUUAUUCCUUCGAUGUCGCGCUCAACGUGUAACUUCACAGAAAUUUUUUUCUGCCCCUUUAACAAGAUAAUUUUUUACUCGAAUAUUUUACCCUUCUCUCAUUGAAUAUUUACUCUUUUAAUAAGCAAUAUGUAGUAUCGUAAAGUAAAGAACAUAAUAAAAAGAAGUGGAAAGAUACAAGAAAAAUAUACGAUUUCAAAGGACAAAGAUCCCUCAUUUUCUGAAUCGAUGUAUCCUCUUACUUCUAUCUGAACGUAAAUCAAGAUAUUUUCGUUUAAUGGCAAUAAAACGAACUCGGAAGAUGCAUAUCUAUCGAUGCGUCACAAAGUCACCGCUGCAACACUGAGAAGGAUCGUGCAAAUAAGAGCAUUAAACGAAUUUGUCCGCUCAUACGUCGUGCAAAAAUCUAUCUCACGAUCUUCCUCACUUUUCUAACAAGGAAUAAUCUCCGUCCAGCUAUAUAUAGAGAUAAUCCUUAUUACAUGGUAUACAAAUCGUAAUAUCUUACGUAGAAAGUACAAGCUGUUUUUAAAAUGAUAAAAUGAAAAUUUACACGUACACAUCGGUAUUUCAAAACAGAGCGAAAAAGUUGUAUAAAACGCAAAUCUGUAGUCUUUUAAUUUUAAGAUUAUUUUAUAACCAAUAUUACGAAUAAUUUUGAUUGUCAGUUGCUUUGGCAUUCACGUAGAUGUUAAGUAAAAUUCAAAGUGCAUGCUAAAAAACAAUCUAAGAAUAUUCUUUACUCGCUACACUUGCGACAACAGUUGACACGUGACACAAUCACGGAAACCACGCCUAUCUCUACAAAGACAUGAGGAAACGAUCAAAAAUCCUAGCCGACGGCAACGACGUUUCGAUCUAUCAGGAAACAUGUUGUAACACUUUGUCACUGCCACAGGAGAUUUUCAAACUCGACAAGAAAAAAUCGAACGAGAUCGGCAUAAGUACUUACUCCUCGAUAACUCGAUAUCAGUUUCCGUAAAAGCAUGAUCCAUCGAAUGUUAAGUAACUCGAUUAUCUAAACAUAUUCGAGUAUCAAAGAGAUAAUAAAAGAAAUUAUUUACGAACGUGAAGAGAAAAGUGUUGAAAAUUUGCUCGUAGCAAACUCAUCCCUCGAUGAUCUCCAACGAAAGAAGAGAUCGGUCUUUCUCCUUCCUAGCCGUCGGGAGGAAUCGGCAAGCGUCGUGCAAAAGCGCGCGAGUCGUUCCUUCUCAUUCGCUCGGCUCUCGUUUGGGACGGGCGACGGUCGGUGUUCGCCGAAGUGGUGGGAGCACCGGUAUCCUGGGAGUAGAAGCCGUCCACGUGGUGUUCAGCGUAUCCUCGGGCAAAUUUCGGUCCUCGAAGUAGUAGUCAGGCGCGUGCUGAAACUACGCGGUCUAUCCGAGCCUCUUCGUACGUUGCUAAAGUGAGAGAGAAAGAGAGAAAGAGAAGGAGAGAUCGUUGGUAACUGGUGUCGGUGCUUGCUGGUAGUAGUGGCAAUGGUGUGGUGGUGGUAGUACUAGCGAUGACGGUGGUGGUGGAAAUGGUGGUGGUAGUAGUACUCGGUAAGAGCACGCCGUAGCACCUCCCGUACGGUUUCGUCGACAUCGUCGUCGUCGUUCAGUCGGCCGGUCGCGACACACCGUACGAUCGUAACCGAUCAGCUGUUUCUUUCACCUUUACGUUUUGGGUCAGAAACGAGAAAGAAAGAAGGACGGAUAAAGAGGGAGAGAGAGAAACACUAGUCCAUUCUACCUGUUCGCGAGCAACCCCUUCUUAUUCCUCUUAAGUUAAGAAUCUACAGCAUCCAGUCUAUGAACUUUUGUCGUUUACGAAAGAGAAAAGAACAAAAGAGAAAACGAUGAACCAUCCCCCCUCCUUUUUGUUCUUUCCCUUGUUAGAGCUUCGCGCAAUGAUCACCGAGAUCGAUCAAUCCUGUCACUAAGAAAUCCCAAGACAUGCGAGCAAGGUAGAAAUACGCGAAUGCGAUCCGCGAUAAAAAUCGAUUCGUCCGUGUGCUCGAGUGCCUAUUCUGUCCGAGUCUCGCACGAGGCAAGGAAGGAGGACAAUGGGACGAGGGGUGCUGUGUUCUCGCUCGUGAAUUUCGUGUUGUGAAACGUGUGCGAGUAAGAGAAAGAAAUAGAGAAAGAUAUCAGUGCGAAAGAUAUAAGAGAUCAGAAAGUGUGUUUGUUCUCUACCAUACGCUCCACUCGAAUCAUAUUUUAUAUCGAGUGAUUUCGCAUGAAAAGAAGUUGGCUGGAUCGAGAAAGGAAGAUCUCGUGAAAAACGCAAACUGGAGAUCCUAGGGAUGUUUCCGCCGCGCACGGAAGCGCCGACAGCCGACAAGCUGGCGCUCUGUUACGCGCCACACGUUGACAUGACCACGGUCAUCGAAGUCGAGGACCGACUGACUGGUCAUGGAGGUAUUUCCUCGCUGGGCGGCGGAAACUCGUCGCCUUACUCGGGUGCUCAUCAUCAUGGUCAUCGAGGGAAUGGAAACGGUGGCGGAAUGCCGCAUCACGGUGGUGCGUCUUUGCCAACGGCGUCGGACUUUCAACCCCCGUACUUUCCACCGCCGUUCCCGUCGCAUCAUCAUGCGCCCGCCAGCCCACAGCAUCCGGGUCUUGGGCAGCCUCAACACCUGGAUUACCUCGUCGGUGAUCCUUACACACAGACACUGAACACGCUUCAUCAGCAUCACUAUAAUCACCUGAGCGCGGCCGUUACGGCGGGCCAGAGGAGUGGUGAUCUCAGAAGAGACACCGAAGGCAUCCAUGUGACAAACAUGCACGCAUCCUUUCCUUACGAUGGCGGACGCAGUGGCGGUAGUGGCGGCGGAGGUGGUGGCGGCGGUGGCGGUGGAGGUGGCGGGGGCGGUGGUGGAGGUGGUGGAAGGGCUGUCGAAUAUGGUGCCGUACGUCGUCCCGAUGCCCUCCUACCGCCCCCGGGCCUCGAUCAAACCGACCUCGUUCUACACACCAGCCUCGUUGACGACCCCCAGGUGAGCGACGAUAACACGAAUGUAGACGAUGGAAGUUUUAUGAACGACCUGCCACUUCUAAAAAACAUGAAACCUUCGGAGAGAAGCGAAAAGGCCAUGCUGACAGGGAACGCGCAACCUUCGGACGUGUUCUGUUCGGUCCCAGGACGAUUAUCGUUACUCAGCAGCACUAGCAAGUACAAAGUUACGGUAGCCGAGGUACAGAGACGACUCUCACCACCGGAAUGUCUAAAUGCCAGUCUCCUCGGUGGUGUUUUACGAAGGGCGAAGUCUAAAAAUGGUGGACGACUGUUAAGGGAAAAAUUAGAGAAGAUCGGUCUGAAUCUACCAGCCGGUAGAAGGAAGGCUGCCAACGUCACACUUUUAACGUCCUUGGUAGAAGGAGAAGCCAUUCACCUUGCCAGAGACUUUGGUUACGUUUGCGAAACCGAGUUCCCUGCGAAACAGGUCGCCGAAUACCUCAGUCGACAACAUUGCGAACCGCAAGAUUCCUACAGGAGAAAAGAACUUCUUCAUGCCACCAAGCAAAUCACCAAAGAGCUGAUGGAUCUUCUCAAUCAGGAUAGGUCACCACUCUGCAACACGCGGCCACAACACAUACUCGAUCCGAGUAUACAAAGACAUCUGACGCACUUCUCCCUCAUAUCGCACGGAUUUGGAAGUCCAGCGAUCGUUGCCGCUCUCACGGCGAUACAGAAGUUCCUAAGCGAGUCUCUGAAUCAUCUCGAGAAGAUGUAUCCGGGGAACGGUAGCGGCGUGACCAGCAGUCAACAAUCGAAUCUCGACACAAAUAAGAGCAAGGACAGUUCGUUAAUGAACGACAUGAAGAAGUGACGCCCGGAAGACCCGCCUACCUCGAACGUGGUCACGUCUAUAAGGCACUCCUGGCCGUACAAUUGAGCUCUCUCUCUCCCUCUCACACGCGAUAGAGAAGCUGACAGUGGACCACUAGAUACACGCGCACACAUAUCCACGCGACUUUUUCACGUGGAAAUGAGGCGUGGGUGCGCGUGUUCACUGAGGUUGGCUGGUCGGAGAAGUACAGACACGAACGCAAGGAAAAAUACAAGAAAAAAAGAAAAAAUCAAAAAGAACGAACGAAGACUAAAGACAGAAGAGAAGAGAAAAGGAAAGAAUGAUCGAGUCCUCGAGGACGAAGAGGAAGACGCGAAAACAGUGCAAUCAUGAUCGAGUAUCGUUUUUCGAAUCGACUUUUGCGAAUCUCAUCGACCGGUUCGUCGACGAACAUGGGAAGAAAUACGCGUAUAACAUACACAUAAUAUACCCGCGCGCGCGCGGUUUAAAUAUAUACAGGCAAUUAUAUUUCUUAGACCGUUAACAAAGCAGACAAAUGUUUUCUACGAGACUUGUUUGAUUCAAGGGGGAAAGUGUGAUAGCAGAUUUGGCUUUUUUGUGACAUAUUUAAUUAAUAUCAUAAAAAUUAAAUGAUACACGAAAUAUUACAUUUUUAUAAGAAACUCAAAUCUACUCUUUCGUAUUUUUCCCUUAGAACCAGAUAACAUUCGUAUAAAAAAAUUUUGUUUCGCAUCUUUAACAGUAUAAGAAACUAGUAUUUAUAUUUAAAAACCAGAUAUAUAUAUAUAUAUAUAUGUAUGUUAUGUAUGUUACGCGGAGGUGACGCGAAAUUAACACGUUUUUUUCGUCCCUACCGAUUCGCAAGUUCCUUUCGCGAGAUAGCUCGAGAACCUCGAUCGUUCGUACGGUAGUAGCUAUGUAGAAAGUAGAUCGAGAAGAAAGAAAGGAUAAAGAAACGUUUAUACGAAACGUUCGUUUUCGAGCGAGACUAUUAUCUGUUAUUUUAUUGACGCUGCUCGUACAGAGCAGGCUCUUUGUGAUAUUUAUCAGACAUCCAAAGUGCAAUCCAUACUACAUAUACUAAAUCGCACGCCGGUCUCACGCGUUGAAUCCUAUUAAAGUAAAUGCGACUUGUAUAUUUACAUACGUAACGUGACAUAGGAGACGGCUCGUCAUAAAAUAUUUUACGAUGGCGAGGAUAGGAAGAAAAGAAACGAGAAAAAGAUAAAAAAAGAUAGAAACAAUCGUUCUUGUUUCGUUCAUACGACCAAUGCGUUCCCUUUCUCGUCGGUUUAGAAAAAAGUAGAAUCGUUCUUAUUGUUAGAGAAAAAGAGGAAACGAACACAUCGAAGGAAAAGCGCAACUACGUAUGUCUCUCUUCCUCUCUCACUCUCUUUUUGUCGUCUCUCGAACUUGCGGAUCGAUAGAUGCGCGUUAGGCUUAACGCCGGAGCAAAUAGAAGAAUGCAGUUUUUUGCGACAACAAUCUCAUUCCUCUGUCUACGUGCAAUCCCUUAAAGAUCGAUCGUAUGUAGGUAUGUAUGCCCGAGCUUUUCGCAUUCCUCUUCAGCGAUCUUGUUUCUUUCUAUAAGUAGUAUCUGUGUAUGUACGAUUCUUUCGACCGAUAUAAAUCGUUAAUUAUCGAACAAUCGAUUUAGUUAUAAUAAAAUAUAUACAUCUCCUGAUGGCUUUUACAGAUGGACUUCUUAUUUUUUUUUUAUAUAUAUUCUUAUUAACGUUAAUUUCUUCUAACUUGAAAAAAGAAUGCAACCAAAAAGAUAACAAGGUCGUGAUGGAGGAAGCAAAGUUCAAAGCCAAUGCGCGAUGCAAACACCUCUGAGAGCCGUCUGAGGCUAUGAGUAUUAAUUUAUAAUCGUUAUAUCGUUAUUCUUAUAUCUUCAUCACGCCUGAACAAUUCGAGAAGAAGGAAACCGUAUCCGUCACGUACCGCGUUCGUAGAAGUCACGUACCGUGUUCGUCGUGAUAAACGACAUGAAUUUCUUCUUUAAAUAAAAAAAGAAUGAAGGAAGAAAGGAAGGGAGAAGGAAAGAAAAUAUGGAAGAGAAAAAGAAAAACCAGGGGGAAAAAACGAUUAUCGUGCCAAUAUAUAGAGACAAAAGUUGCCAUUUGAAAUGUGCCAAUUAACGUCGAUUUAUAAGCAUUAAGAAAAGUCAAACGAAAAGAAAAAAGAAACAGAAAAGUAGAAAAGAGAAAUGUAGAGGAAACGGAAUCGAUUUUCUCCGUUUCCACGUGUAUUAUAUAAUACGAUGAAAGAUCGAUAUUGUCAAAAAUAGGAGAAUUUAACGAAAAAGGAAGAAAGUGGAAAAGGAAGAGAAGACGGAAAAGGACAUUGUAUGAAGUACAACACCAGGUGAACCUGAGACAUAUCUAACUUUGUAAUUAAAUCUUUAGGCGUAUAAUUAUGUAAAUGUAAGAUUAUGUCCCGGCGCGAGCGCAUCGCGCUCCACGGGCUAUGUACAGAGUAUUCGAAUCUUUCUUGUGAUAUAAUCGUACAUUAUUAAGAUAUCAAACCGAUUCAAAAGACGGCAAAAAUAACGAUUUACUCUACAUUCCAUGUUUUUUCAUAGAAACGGUGUUAGCGCGGUCGCGAAGCAGUGCGAGAGAUAAAGCAGAAAAAAACCGCUCCUAAACCAGUACCAUUCCCCUUUUUUCUGCGCUCUCGAUUAGAAUCGUAGCGCGAAUUCGUGCUCUAGCUUAUUCUUGAGUGUCUUCAACAAUUUUAUCACGAAAUAUCGGAAUACGAAGAUUUUUAUUACCGAUUCGCGAUUCGACCCAUCGAGAUCAAAUUUACACCUGUUGAAUAUCAAAAGUAAAGGUGCAUACCUCGAUAAACGAAAAUUCGUUUGCAAUAUUUUCCAUGCAAAACACGCAGUUACUAUUCUCCCCCCCCCCCCCCACCUCUCUCUCUCUUUCCUCUUUACUCUCACCCUCUUUCUCUCUUUCUCUCUUUCUCUCUGUUUCGCUCUCUCGUUGUAUGAUACCUCGCGAUACCGAUUACUAUAAAACAACGGCUAAUGCAUUUGUUACUCGACACAUUCGUACGUACGUACGAAUAUUUUCGAGAAUCAUCGUAAACUCGUCGAUCGUGAACCAUGUCGAGAUCGAUGCACUCGAUGAGGCAGAGUACAUUCCGAUUUUAGAGUCACUUCAUAAAAUGGAUUAGUUAGGAAAAAAACAGAUUAAGAGAAAGGAAGAGAAGACAUAACAUCUUUUUAUUUUCAUUC